AUGAAUUUUGAAUUUCGCUCCAAACCAGGAAGAAAGAAAACAAGAAGAGAUGAUGAUAAAUGUCUUGUUUGUGGAGGUAAAUCGAUUGGUUUAAAUUUUGGCGUUCCAUCGUGUUCACCAUGUAAAGUAUUUUUUCGACGAAAUGCUGUUAAACUUGGUACAUAUGAAUUUCGAUGUCGAGAGGAUGGUGAUUGUCCAAUAACAAAUGAUACACGUCGACAAUGUAAUUGUUGUCGUUUAGCAAAAUGUUUUCGCGUUGGUAUGGAUCGAAAAGCUAUCCGUUCUGAUGAUCAACGAUUAGAAAGAAUUCGAUUAAUUGAAUUUAAUCGACAAAAACGAACAGAAAAGAAAUAUAGCGACAAAAAAGCAUUGCAAAUUAUACAUAGACAAAAAUUGAUUCAAUGUAAUGGAUCAUUGAUGAAUUUCCAAACGUAUUCUUCAUUUCUAUCAUCUAAUGAUCAUUCUAUCCUUACCAAUAUAUUUUAUGCAUAUGAAAGAACAUGUAAACUAUUUACUUAUAAAGAACAUUUAAGUAUGCCAGUUAAUGAAACAUUAACUUUACCAAAAUUUAUGAAUGCUUCCGCCAAUAUUUAUAUGGGUUUAAUUUGUUAUCUUAAAUCUAUACCAGAAUUCAAUUCAUUACCUGUAAAUGCUAAAAUGUCACUAAUUAAAAGUAAUCUUAAUCAAAUAGUUCGUGUACAUAGCACAUAUAUUAUGAAAACUGUUACUCCUGAUCUUGACAAAGAUUCACCUGUUUUUUUACAUAUAUUUCCUGAAGACUUAUAUAUAGAUAUUCGCGCAAACGGUAUAGCUCUUUCUCCUUUUGUUCAUGAUCCAAUUUUAAUUAGACUAUUUAUUAUUGUUCUUAUGUUAUCAACACAUAUGAAUAUUCGAUAUGAAAGAAAUCUAAUCGAAAAUGACGAUGAGAAUUCUACUCGGAAUAUUUUAAUUGUUCAAAAUUUUUAUGUUGAAUUAUUAUGGCGUUAUAUAUGUUCGCGUUGUUCUAGUUAUCAAAAGUCUGUACAAUUAUUUAGUUCGUUCAUCACUAAUAUGUUAUACUUUCAAAUAGUUGAAGUGAAAAUUGAUAAGUUUAUACGUACAGCUUUACCAACUCAAAACCAACAAUUGGAACCAAUAAUGAAAUCAAUGUGGGCUCCAGAAAAAGAGAAUUACUGUUAA